GCUGUAAACUUUGCCAAGAUUAUUCUUACAAAUUUGGACAAGACAAAAUUAGCCUAAGUUUACUUCCAUUUUCAAUUUAGUGUACAUGCAAUCUCCUACACGAGGAACUGGUAGAGGUAUACACAAUACGGCAAGUUAAUACAAAUCUUUAACGUUGUAUGCGAUGAGUUUCCAUACAAAACAACAACACAGUUGCUUCUAGGGAAAAGAUUGUUUUCAAUAAUUUAUUAUGUCAUCUGACAAUGUGUCUUUAAAAAGAAAAACAGUAAAAUUAAAACACCCCAAUCCGUUAUUCGAAAAGUGGAUAGAGGAAUGGAAGAAUGAAGCUGCAUCCAGAAAUUCUGACACCCAAUAUGCAUUUGCAAAGGCACUUCAGUCACUAAGGAAGUACCCAUUGCCUCUAAAGACUGGAAAAGAAUGUUUAAUACUAGAAAACUUUGGAACUCGUAUAUGUCUUUUACUGGACCGAAAGUUAUCUGAUUACCAGAAAACACAUCCAGAAGGAGAAGAUGCAGAAGAUGAAAUCAUACAAGAAGUUGCGGAUGAAACCAAAUCACCCAAACCAAAACGAGCUAAAAAGGUUCAAAAAAAGCCAACCUCACCUAAAAAAAAGAGAGGAAAAUCUUACGUGCCCACUCUGAGAUCAGCACCUUACGCAGUUCUCUUGGCACUUUUUGAGCACUUGCAGAAAAAUGGUCCUCCAGGAGAGAUGUUCAAAAGUGAGCUACAGAAGGCAGCUCAGCCGCUGUGUGACACGUCUAUGUUCAAGCCACUGCCAGGCUCGUACUACAGUGGGUGGAGCUGCGUGGGCAAGCUGGUCACUCAGCAGCUGGUGUCUAGGGCUGGGAACCCUCACAGAUUCAGUUUGACCGAGGAAGGUAUUAAGUUGGCAGAAAAACUAAGCACUGAAGACUUUUACACACCUCUUGGUAGUGAUUUGUCCCUGGACAAGCUAACAAGUGUAUCAAGCUCACUGCCAGUAGAAGUUGGCCUUAGCAGUUCACCUUGCAAACAGCUUACUGAUUCGAGGUUUUCUCCUCGGAAAGAAAUUCCUGCUGCGUUAAGCAGUAAAGAAAGCACAAAAAAUCAAAAUAAAUUCGGGAGAAAGAAAAACCCUAAACAGAAUUCACAGGAACCUUUGAAAAAUUUCCAAGUACCGGAAGCUGUUGUCAUUGAAGAUGACGUAGUUUCUGACUUCCCCUUUCUCACACAAGAGUCUUCCAGCUCUCAGGGUAGUCAGGUCGAUGAAAUCAUCUUCCUCCCGGGAUCCUUUGAGACAAUAUUGUUGGUCGACACACAGGAAAUCCACAAAGGUGAUGAAUUGGUCAAAGCUCUGGAGGCUGAAGGAGUGAAGCUAGAGGUGCGCAAACUGAUGGUCGGUGACUUUGCCUGGGUGGGUCGCAACGCUGCAGGUACAGAGCUGCUGUUGCCAUUCAUAGUGGAACGUAAGCGGCUCGACGAUCUAGCCAGCAGCAUCAAAGAUGGACGGUUUCAUGAGCAGAAGUUCAGGAUGAAGCAGAGUGGAGUGCCUCACUGUAUGUACCUGGUGGAGAGUCAUGGACAAAGACAGUACAGUCUGCCCACUACUACACUGCUACAAGCUGCAGCCAAUACUGAGUUUGUGGAUAAGUUUUCUGUAAAAUACACAUCUAACUCUCAUGAGACUGUUGUCUACCUCGCGACCUUCACCAAGGUCUUAACACGCAAAUUUGCCGAAAAAAUGCUGAUUGGUUGUGCAAAAAACAAUUUACCAGAGUUCAACAUUCAAGAUGACUGUGUAUCGCUGAUGAGGUUCAAAGAGUUUAACAAACUAUCCAGCAAAACUAGGAAAUACAACGUAAAAGAAAUGUUCAUUAAGCAAUUGGUUCAGCUACGUGGACUGUCAGUGGAGAAAGCUCUAGCGAUCGUGGAGCGUUAUCCGAGUCCUCGUAGUCUCAUCUCAGCUUACGAAGAAGGAGGAGGGGACAAACUGCUGGCUGACAUAUCUGCCGGAACUCUCAAUAGGAAAAUAGGUCCCGUCAUCAGUAAAGCUGUGUUUGAACUUUACAGCAAAUCCGUCCUCAGCUAACAGUAAAAUGAUCUCAUCCUAGGAAUAUUGUAUGGGUGUUUAGUUUCAAAACUGUAAAUAAAAUGUAAUAUAAAUCUUUAUGUAUUAAGAGAGAGUAAGAGAUAAUUUUGUAUUACUGUAAAAUGGUUGAUAUAAAAAACUGUUUGUA